CCAACACCGUGCAAUGAAGUGGUACCAUCGGUUGUUCCAUCAUAUCCGAGAGGUCGCACUUGUGAAUGCCUACAUCUUGCACAAAGAAAGUGGCAAUACAAUGCAGUCGGCUGGAUUCCGCGAGCUUGUGGUGAAGGGGCUACUGAGACGGAGGCAAAUUGAGCUCACUCCUCCUCCCAGGCCAAUCAGCACACCGUUAGUGCCCGUGCGUCUCACUGGUCGACACUUUCUCGGACAACACGAGAAAUCGCGUCCGGACUGCAAAGUCUGUUCCACGCGGAAGCGCAGUCCAGAUGACGCACAUAGAGGGAGGAAGCAGACACCUUUCUUCUGCAAGACCUGUCCAGACCACCCUGCACUGUGCCCCACUGACUGCUUUGAGAUGUACCAUACAAAGCUUGUGUACAAACACUGAAUCUUCCAUCUCAGGCAUCCACCACUACCAGCCUAGGUUGUCUAGGAGCACUUUCAAUCAGUUAAAUCAGCCUUCUUUCAAUCAGUUCAAAGGAUCAGUUAUUU